AUGGUGGAAGCACACGAUCCUUAUUUUGUCCAGAAACAAGAUGUUAUUGAAGUCAUUGGUCUGUUUUCUCUUCAAAAGAUGACAACUACUAUGAGGAUGCUCAUUUAUGGAGUAGCAGCAGAUUUUAUGGAUGAUUAUGUAAGGAUUGGAGAAAACACUGUAAUAGAGAGUCUAGAAAGGUUUGUUAAGGCAGUGGUUGUGAUUUUUUCAGAUGUGUACUUGAGAAUGCCACACAAUAAUGACAUUGCUAAAUUACUAGCUGUUGGAAAAAAUCAUGGUUUUCUUGAAAUGUUAGGAAGCAGUGAUUUUUUUGGAUUACCAGGAUCUCAUAACGACAUCAAUGUGCUAGAACAUUCUUUUGUAUUUUCUGUCUUUGCUGAAGGGCAUGCUCCUCCAAUUAAUUACUCAAUCAAUGGACAUGACUAUAAAAUGGGAUAUUAUCUUGCCGAUGGUAUAUAUCCUCAAUGGCCAACAUUCGUCAAAACAAUCUCAUGCCCACAAGGCAAUAAGCAAUUACAUUUUGCUAAAGCUCAAGAGUCAGCAAGGAAGGAUGUCGAACGAGCAUUUGGAGUGCUUCAAGCACAUUUUGCAAUUGUGCAAGGACAUGCACAUUUUUGGAAAUGUGAAACCCUAAAAGAUAUUAUGAAGGCAUGCAUAAUAUUGCAUAACAUGAUCAUUGAGAAUAAGCAGAAUGUCAAUAAUAUAGACUUCAAUUAUGAUGCAAUUGAUGGAAGUCCUCCUCUAUCUGUAUCACACAAGUGCACAUCUGAACUUUAUGAAUUCAUUCAAAAUCACCAUUACAUUAGAGAUAGACAAACUCAUUCUAAACUCCAAGAAGACCUAAUUGAGCAUUUGUGGCAUCAAUAUGGAGAUUCAUAA